GGAGGGAGCGGGAGCAGCGGCUCUGGAGCCCUGACAUCUCCCCUUCGGUGAAUGGAAGCUUAGGGCUGAGAACUGCAGCGGUCCCCAGUCCUCAGCCAACCUCCCCGCUCCAGGGGAUCCAAGAGUUCGAGCGCCAAGAGCCCGCUGCUCCUUCUCCUUGAGUCAGGUGUCCUAACGCCUCCAGCUGCUCCUCUCUCCCUCCCUCCAUCUCCGCUCCCUGGCUCCUCGGGACCUGGGCGUCCCGACCGCCCAGCCAUGGAGCGGUGCAGCCGCUGUAGACGUCUCCUUCUGCUGGUACCUCUGGUGCUGGGGCUGAGUGCGCCUCCCCCAGCCCGAGCAGGGGGUCCCCCUGUGGAUGUGCUGCGUGCCCUUCAGUUCCCCUCACUCCCUGAUGGUGUUCGGAGGGUUGUUGGUGUCUGUCCAGCUGAUGUGGCCUAUCGAGUGACCCGGCCUGCCCAACUCAGCGCCCCUACAAGGCAGUUAUUCCCAGGUGGAUUCCCUGCUGAUUUCUCAUUGCUGUCUGUGCUCCGGCCAAAUCCUGGCCUCCAGGCCCCUCUGGUGACCUUGUACAGUGCCCAAGGUGUUCGGCAGUUGGGGCUAGAGCUUGGCCGACCCCCUCGAUUCCUGUAUGAAGAUCAAACUGGGCGGCCUAGACCCCCUGCUUUGCCUGCUUUCCGAGGCAUUAGCUUGGCUGAUGGCAAGUGGCACCAUGUAGCGGUGGCUGUUAAGGGACACUCUGUCACCCUAAUCGUCGAUUGUAAGAAGCGGGUCACCCGGCCCCUCCCCCGGAGUGCCCGCCCCAUUCUGGAUACCCGUGGAGUGCUCAUUUUUGGUGCCCGAAUCCUGGAUGAUGAGGUCUUUGAGGGUGAUAUCCAGCAACUCCUCAUAGUCCCUGGGGCCCAGGCUGCCUAUGAAUCCUGUGAGCGACGACAGCUGCAAUGUGAGGGGAGCCGUGUGGAGAGACCCCAGAACCAAGAGCCCCACAAGGCCCGCAGACCCCAGACCCGGGAAGUACACAGACUCCACAGGCCCCAAAACCAGGAACCCCAGAGACAGUCCCCUGAUUCUUUCUACUAUGACUACGAGCCCCCUUAUUAUGACGUGAUGACCACAGGGACCACCCCUGAUUACCAGGACCCUCCCCUAGGUGAAGAAGAUGGGACCCUGGAGUCCAACCCCCUGCUACCCCCUGAGGAGGAGCAGACAGACCCCGAGGGUCCCCCCACCGCUGGCAGGUUUCGAGCUGAGGAGUAUGGGGAGGGGACCACAGAUACCCCUCCCUACGAUUACACCUAUGGCUAUGGGGAUGAUUAUCGAGAGGAGACAGAGCUUGGGCCAGCCCUCUCUGCUGAGACCAUCCAUUCAGGAGCCGCUGCCCAUGGAGUCCGGGGGCUGAAGGGAGAGAAGGGGGAACCUGCUGUUCUGGAACCUGGAAUGCUAGUGGAGGGGCCACCAGGCCCUGAAGGACCCGCAGGAUUGACUGGCCCUCCUGGAAUUCAGGGGAACCCUGGCCCUGUUGGUGAUCCUGGAGAAAGGGGUCCCCCAGGCCGUGCGGGGCUUCCUGGUUCAGAUGGGACCCCUGGCCCUCCUGGAACCUCACUUAUGCUUCCCUUCCGGUUUGGCAGUGGUGGGGGGGACAAGGGUCCUGUGGUGGCAGCUCAAGAGGCUCAGGCCCAGGCUAUCCUGCAGCAGGCUCGGUUGGCGCUCCGGGGUCCUCCUGGUCCCAUGGGAUAUACAGGCCGUCCUGGACCCCUGGGCCACCCUGGGAGUCCUGGACUAAAGGGAGAAUCUGGAGACCUAGGCCCUCAGGGCCCACGGGGUCCCCAGGGCCUGUCAGGCCCCCCAGGCAAAGCUGGACGCAGGGGUCGUGCUGGAGCUGAUGGAGCUCGAGGGAUGCCAGGCGAGCCUGGGGUGAAGGGUGACAGAGGAUUUGAUGGGCUCCCAGGGCUUCCAGGAGAGAAAGGACACAGGGGUGAGAGUGGAGCCCAAGGUCUUCCUGGUCCUCCAGGGGAGGAUGGAGAGAGGGGAGAUGAUGGAGAAAUUGGACCACGAGGCCUGCCUGGGGAGUCGGGUCCCCGAGGUCUCUUGGGCCCCAAAGGUCCUCCAGGAAUCCCUGGACCCCCGGGAGUCAGAGGCAUCGAUGGGCCCCAUGGUCCCAAAGGGAACUUGGGUCCUCAGGGAGAGCCUGGCCCUCCUGGACAGCAGGGUACACCUGGGACCCAGGGUCUUCCUGGGCCUCAAGGUGCCAUCGGCCCCCAUGGAGAGAAGGGUCCUCAAGGAAAACCUGGUCUUCCAGGGAUGCCUGGCUCCGAUGGACCCCCGGGUCAUCCAGGAAAGGAGGGCCCACCAGGAACCAAAGGGAAUCAGGGUCCAUCUGGUCCCCAGGGCCCCCUAGGAUACCCCGGACCUCGAGGUGUCAAGGGUGUGGAUGGAAUUCGGGGCUUGAAGGGUCAUAAGGGAGAGAAGGGGGAAGAUGGUUUUCCUGGUUUCAAAGGUGACAUGGGUGUGAAAGGCGACCGGGGUGAGGUUGGAGUCCCUGGUUCAAGAGGAGAAGAUGGUCCAGAGGGGCCAAAGGGAAGAACUGGACCCAAUGGAGACCCGGGCCCCAUAGGGCUUGUGGGGGAGAAGGGCAAACUGGGUGUUCCUGGUCUGCCUGGCUACCCAGGACGCCAGGGACCCAAGGGGUCACUUGGAUUCCCUGGAUUUCCUGGUGCCAAUGGAGAGAAGGGAGCCCGGGGCCUGUCUGGGAAGUCAGGGCCUCGAGGAGAACGUGGUCCCACGGGUCCCCGAGGCCAACGAGGACCUCGAGGAGCCACAGGAAAAUCAGGAGCCAAGGGAACAUCAGGCGGUGAUGGUCCCCACGGUCCCCCUGGGGAGAGGGGUCUCCCUGGACCUCAGGGUCCCAAUGGCUUCCCUGGCCCUAAGGGACCCCCAGGUCCCCCUGGUAAGGAUGGGCUUCCAGGACACCCUGGCCAGCGAGGAGAAGUGGGUUUCCAAGGAAAGACAGGCCCCCCUGGACCCCCAGGGGUGGUGGGACCUCAGGGAGCUGCAGGAGAGUCAGGACCUAUGGGGGAACGAGGCCACCCCGGCCCCCCAGGUCCCCCAGGAGAGCAAGGCCUGACUGGGCCAUCCGGCAAAGAGGGAACUAAGGGAGACCCUGGCCCCCCUGGAGCUCCUGGGAAGGAUGGACCAGCUGGUUUGAGGGGCUUCCCUGGUGAAAGGGGCCUCCCAGGCACUGGAGGAGGUGGUGGCCUGAAGGGAAAUGAAGGUCCACCUGGCCCCCCAGGCCCUGCGGGCUCUCCUGGAGAGCGAGGUGUGGCAGGUACAGGGGGACCCAUUGGUCCCCCAGGAAGACCUGGGCCUCAGGGUCCCCCAGGUGCUGCUGGAGAGAAAGGUGUUCCGGGUGAGAAAGGUCCCAUUGGCCCAACUGGCCGAGAUGGUGUCCAAGGACCUGUGGGGUUACCUGGUCCUGCUGGGCCCCCAGGUGUGGCUGGAGAAGAUGGAGACAAGGGUGAGGUUGGUGAUGCUGGACAGAAGGGCAGCAAAGGGAACAAGGGUGAACAUGGCCCUCCUGGACCCCCUGGACCACUGGGUCCCCUGGGUCAACCUGGAGCAGCGGGAGUAGAUGGAGAACCUGGUGCUCGGGGACCCCAGGGACAUUUUGGAGCCAAAGGGGACGAGGGAACAAGGGGAUUUAAUGGCCCUCCUGGACCCAUUGGCCUUCAGGGUUUACCAGGUCCUUCGGGAGAGAAAGGAGAGACAGGAGAUGUGGGACCCAUGGGUCCACCUGGCCCACCAGGACCCCGAGGUCCUGCUGGACCUAAUGGAGCAGAUGGUCCACAAGGCCCCCCAGGAGGUGUUGGAAAUCAGGGUCCUCUUGGAGAAAAGGGGGAACCAGGAGAGUCGGGCUCUCCAGGGGUCCCUGGAGAACCUGGAGUCAAGGGCCCUAGAGGGGAACGGGGAGAAAAAGGAGAGUCCGGACAACCAGGGGAAGCUGGACCACCUGGACCUAAGGGCCCCACAGGUGAUGAUGGCCCAAAAGGAAACCCUGGCCCUGUUGGUUUUCCUGGUGACCCUGGCCCUCCUGGAGAAGGGGGUCCCCGAGGUCAGGAUGGUGCUAAAGGCGACAGAGGGGAGGAUGGAGAAGCUGGACAGCCUGGAUCCCCGGGUCCUACUGGAGAGAAUGGUCCUCCUGGACCACCUGGCAAGAGGGGUCCUGCAGGUGCAGCAGGCCCUGAGGGUCGACAAGGAGAGAAGGGAGCCAAGGGGGAGCAGGGUGCUGUUGGUGCUCCUGGGAAGACAGGACCAGUGGGUCCAGCUGGGGCAGCAGGAAAACCAGGCCCUGAUGGUUUGAGGGGAAUCCCAGGCUCCGUGGGACAACAGGGACGGCCUGGAGCCACCGGACCGGCUGGGCCUCCAGGUCCUGUGGGACCUCCUGGCCUCCCUGGCCUCAGGGGUGACCCUGGAGCCAAAGGAGAAAAGGGUCACCCUGGUCUCAUUGGCCUGAUUGGCCCUCCUGGAGAACAAGGGGAAAAAGGUGAUCGAGGACUCCCUGGUCCCCAAGGUGCACAUGGUCAGAAGGGAGAGACGGGUAUACCUGGAGCAUCUGGCCCAAUUGGCCCUGGAGGACCCCCUGGCCUUCCUGGACCUGCUGGCCCCAAAGGUGCCAAAGGAGCCACGGGUCAAGCUGGACCCAAGGGAGAGAAAGGCGUCCAAGGUCCACCUGGACAUCCGGGUCCUCCUGGAGAGGUGAUCCAGCCACUGCCCAUCCAGAUGCCCAAGAAAUCUCGGCGUUCUGUAGAUGCAAGCCAGCUGAUGCAGGAGGAUGAGGCUGCAGAAGCUCGGGGAGCCCCUGGAGCCCCUGGGGGCCUGGAAGAGAUAUUUGGCUCCCUGGAUUCCCUCCGAGAUGAGAUUGAACAAAUGAGGCGCCCAGCAGGAACUCAGGAGAGCCCAGCUCGAACCUGUCAGGACCUGAGACUAUGUCACCCUGAGCUUCCUGAUGGUGAAUACUGGGUUGACCCUAACCAAGGCUGUGCCAGGGAUGCUUUCCGUGUUUUCUGUAACUUCACGGCAGGAGGAGAAACCUGUGUGUCACCUAGGGAUGAUGUCACACAGUUCUCAUAUGUGGACUCUGGGGGAUCCCCUGUAGGCGUGGUACAGCUCACAUUCUUGCGUCUGCUCAGUGUAUCUGCUCACCAGGAUGUCUCCUACCCAUGUACAGGAGGGGCUCGGGAUGGGCCCCUCCGGCUCCGGGGAGCCAACGAGGAUGAACUGAGCCCAGAGACAAGUCCAUAUGUCAAGGAAUUCAGAGAUGGCUGCCAGACACAUCAGGGCCGAACAGUGCUUGAAGUUCGGACGCCCCUACUGGAGCAGCUUCCUGUGCUGGAUGCUUCCUUCUCGGACUUGGGGGCCCCCCCUAGACGGAGUGGAGUUAUGCUGGGGCCUGUCUGUUUCCAGGGCUAGGACCCCUGCCUGCUUAACCCUCCCAACCCUUCAAAAAGCCAGGACCCCCCCCCCAUGGCCAACUCAGAGCCAUUGCCCAAGAGAGACCCCCUUCACCAUCCCAGGGGCCUCAGGGCAAGGCAGAAAUUGUCCUCUAUCCAUGGGGGUCCCAUGGAGGGGGGAAAUUGCGGGGGGGAUCAGAUCCCCUCACAUGUUGGGGGCUCAGGGGGCCUCUAUGACCCUCCCUGAAGCCCCUUUGCCCAUUGGAGAUGAGACCUAUAUUUAAAAAUCACCCCCAAGCAAACAGAAGAGGAGAAGAAGAGAAAGAACACUGUGUAUUUUAUAUUUUAAAUUAAUUAUAUUAAUUAUUUAACAAGCGGGAAACCAAAAAGAAAAAAAGAAACUCCAGCAGAAAAAAACAGAUGUAGGAGAUGGGGCUGAGUGCCCCACCCCCCACCUCCAAUUCUUCAGGACUCUCCUCUGUGACUGUAGGAGGAGGGGAGAGAGACUUCCCCCAUAGGGCAGUACCUCUCCCUCCUCCACCCCAUCUGUAGCACCAAGGUGGAUGUUGGAAUAUAUUGUCUCCUUGUGUCCCUCGUGCUUUCAAUCUCACUCCCACAGUCAAGGCCAGUUCCUUUUCCCCUCCUCUCCAAAUUCUUAUUUCAUUCAACAAACUUUUAAUGAGAACUUAUUAUUUGUAGGGCACAGUACUAGUUUGGGGCCUGGUAGGGCAACAUGAGGUCAAAAGAGCUCAUGAAUGUUCCCUCUCCCUCCCUUCUCCCCCCCCCCCAGAUGUGGGGAAAAGUGCAUUAUUAGUUAUGAAUCCAAUGCUGGACCGGAUACUGUAAGUUUUAUUGGAGUUUUAAAACAAGAGAAUUAUGAUUCCUACCUCUGGAGCAAGCAGCCAAUCACAGCAUGGCCUCAGACUGGUGCUAGCCAAUCAAGUGGCUCUGUCCUCCUCCACCUCUUCCUCCUCUUCACUGGCUCAGGAUACUAUUAGUGUCCCAAAAGAAAGAAGUGAGGGCAACCUUAGUUUUGGGGCUUCUGAAUAAAGGUCCCCAUUCAAACAGCCUAGGGUAGAGAAGAAAUAGAAAACAGAUCUUGCCUUCAGGGAGCUUAUAGGCAAAAUCAAGAAACGGGACACAAAUGCACCUGAAGGACUAUUACAAAGCUGCUUGUUGACAAAUGGAAAA